UCCUCUAGGGGGGCACGCCCACACUGACUAAUGUGAGGAGAGAGUCACCGAAACCGGAAGCGGUACCGGGAAGCAGCAGAGACGGGCGGAAGCGGUGGGAUCUCUCCGGUGUUCUCUGCGGAGGUUUCCUCUCAGUUUGUACACCUUUAGACCGUCUAUUUGGGAGUCCCAAUGCCUCUGGGCCUUGGACGUAGAAAGAAGGCAUCUCCGCUAAUGGAGGAAGACGAUGUGGGGGAACGCACGGCAUUAGGAGUGUCUCAGUCUGGUGGUGUGUCAGGUGGGGGUCUCUCGCCACAAGCGCCUGGUCUCCCUCCCCCUGCUCCUGCCCUGCGGCCUCGACUGGUGUUCCACGCUCAGCUUGCACAUGGAAGCCCCACAGGGAGGAUUGAGGGAUUCGGCAACGUGAAAGAACUCUAUGCCAAGAUUGCAGAGGCGUUCAAUAUACCCGUUGGAGAUGUGAUGUUUUGUACCCUGAACACUCACCGUCUGGACAUGGAUAAACUUCUAGGCGGUCAGAUAGGACUUGAGGACUUCAUCUUUGCUCACAUACGAGGACAAAAGAAGGAGCUUGAGGUGUAUAAAUCUGAAGACUCGCUGGGUCUCACAAUCACAGACAACGGUGCCGGUUACGCCUUCAUCAAGCGUAUUAAAGAAGGCAGUAUUAUACACCGCAUGCAGCUUAUUAAUGUGGGGGACAUAAUUGAAUCUAUCAAUGGGAAGAAUUUGAUUGGUAGUCGUCAUUUUGAAGUAGCCCGGACCCUGAAAGAGUUGACUCGAGGGAAGACCUUCACGCUAAAGCUUUGUGAACCCAGGAAGGCCUUUGAUAUGAUUGGCCAACGAUCCAGCUCUUCUGCUAACAGUUCCGGAAUAUCAUCAGGAAAAGGAACCUUGCGUCUCAGAGCCAAAGGGCCACCCACUGUGGAGGAACUGGUGUCUGUCAUUGAGGAGAAAGCCAUCCAGAAAGUGGAUGACCUGCUGGAAAGCUAUAUGGGAAUCAGAGACAGUGAACUUGCUGGCACCAUGGUGGAGUUGGGCAUAGACAAACAGAACCCUGAUGACUUCUCAAAGGCACUGGACCGCACACUAGGGGACUUUGCCUUUCCAGACGAGUUUGUAUUUGAUGUUUGGGGAGCCAUAGGCGAUGCCAAGGCUGGACGAUACUAAACUACUUAAACUCCUUAAUCUCCCCCAAAGGGGAUUAAUCUGCUGCUGCCCCCUCAUCCAUUUCCCACUACCCAGUAUCAGGAGAUGCUCCUGUAAUUACAGCGCUGGGCUGGGAUGAUGUCACAAGGGCUAAAACCACUGUAGACUUUCCUGGAGAUCCUGCCCUGCUUGAAUUUGGUUCUGCUCGCUCUGCCUUUUUUAGGUCUUCCACCAGAACUGCUCCUCACACUUCUGAAGUGGAGAAGUCCUUAUACUAAGGAUGUCUGAAGGAAGAGGAGGAGCCUGGCACUGACUUGCCAAUGGGUGACUUUCUUAAAUCCUGGCUGUUAUUGGUGAUUUCCUAGUAAACCUGGGUUUUCAGAUCACAUCGGCCAGCAUCUCCCCAUUGCAGGGCUGACGAUUUCUUCUGCUGUACACUGGAGUCAGCUCCUUGUGUGGACAAUACAACCCCAUGCACAUAGCUGCACAACUUCAAGAAAUUCUCCACUCAUCUACAUUCCUUGGAUUCCUCUCGCCAUGGAUGAAUGAAUGCCAUUGAAGUCGAUGGAUUCAGAGAUUAUCUAGUGAAAUGUGAUUUAACUAAGCUAAUGAGAGUAAGAAGGAAUCCCCUUUCUUAAGAGGACAUCUCAAAGGAUUCUUGUAUGUCAGCUCAGUGAAAAUGUAUAGUAUAAUAUAAACCAACUUUUCCUUCUUACAAGAGGAUGUUUUUUAACACUUAAUAAAUUAUGUUACAGGCCCUUUCUUGGAUGAGAUUUUGGUCUUUAGCGCCACCCUGUGGCGGGGCAUGAUGUUGCAAUAAUAGUUCACCUGUCUCUGGUUUACUCAGAGGACUGAAAAAGGUCAGUGACCUAGCUAAGUAUUGUUAACUUGAUCUGUUUGUUUUUUUGUGUACCCCAUCCUGACUGUAAUAGAGAACAGUAACUAAGGUUAUUAAAAGAUUUUAUACACAA